CAAACGCGUUUGGUAAAGGGACUCGCCGCUCAUUAACGAUUUGCAAGUGCCGCGUUGAAACGGGUCGCACAUUUUUGAUAUAACGCUCGCGAUUUUCUAAACGUUUGUAUCUUUCUGUAUUAACGCACGUCCAAUGCAAUACAUACGCCUCUAAUAUCAGCGGCGGCUCGGCGAAACAGAUUCUCACACAAAAUAAUAACGUGGCUUCAAUUGAAUUCUGCCAUGAUCACCAUCAUCACCAUCAUCAUCACCACCGCCACCAUCAUACUCAUCAUCAUACCGGGGGCGAUGACCCUCGAUUCAGACAACAGCAGCAGCAGCACGCUCUCCGCGGAGGAGAAAUCACGUCUACGGGAGCAGGUGUUGGAGAUGUUUGACCACGCAUACGGGAGCUACAUGACUCGGGCAUUCCCGGAUGACGAGCUCAUGCCGCUCAGCUGCCGGGGUCGCGACCGCGAGCGCGAGCCGAGCCGCGGUGACGCCGACGACGCACUCGGCCGAUUCUCUCUGACUCUCAUCGACUCCCUGGACACGCUGGUGGUGCUGGAUCGACUGGAGGAGUUCGACAGAGCCGUGCGCAAGGUGCUCAGCACCGUGCGUCUGGACAGCGACAUCGUCGUGUCCGUCUUCGAGGCGAACAUACGGGCGCUGGGGGGCCUCCUGGGAGGUCACGUGAUGGCGGCCAUGUUGCGCGAGAAGGGGGGCGGCCACAUGGCGUGGUACCGCGACGAGCUGCUGCUCAUGGCCUCCGAGCUAGGCCGGAGGCUCCUGCCGGCAUUCAACACGAGUAGCGGCCUCCCCCACCCUCGGGUGAACCUCGCCCACGGCGUCGCCGGCGGGGAGAGCGGCGCCGGUGCGGAGGAGGCGACCUGCACGGCGUGCGCCGGCUCCUUCAUCCUGGAGUUCGCGGCGCUCAGCCGCCUCACCGGGGAGCCCGAGUUCGAGGAGCGAGCGCGCCGUGCGCUGGACUUUCUGUGGGAGCGGCGGGAGAGGAGCAGCGACCUCGUGGGCACCGUCAUCAACAUCCACACGGGGGAGUGGGUUCGACGCGACAGCGGCGUGGGCGCCGGGAUCGACUCGUACUACGAGUACCUGCUCAAGGCCUACGUCCUGCUGGGAGACGAGGAGCUCCUUCUCCGCUUCAACGCCCACUACGCGUCCAUCAUGCGCUGGGUGAGCCAGCCGCCGCUGCUGCUCGACGUCCACAUGCACGAGCCGGAAGUGGCGGCGCGCGGCUGGAUGGACGCCCUGCUCGCAUUCUUCCCAGGCCUGCAGGUCCUCAAGGGCGACCUCCGGCCGGCCAUCGAGACCCACGAGAUGCUGUACCAGCUGACCCAGCGACAUCACUUCCUCCCAGAGGCCUUCACGACGGAGCUGCACGUGCACUGGCCUCAGCACCCUCUCCGGCCCGAGUUUGCCGAGAGCACCUACUUCCUGUACAAGGCGACGGGAGACCCGCACUACCUGGAGGUCGGCCGCUCCAUCGUGGACAACCUCAACGCCCACGCACGCGUGCCGUGCGGGUUCGCCGGCGUGCGGGACGUCCGCACGGGGACGCACGAGGACAGGAUGGAUUCCUACUUCCUGGCGGAGACUUUCAAGUACCUGUACCUGCUCUUCACGGACGACGCCGACGUGCCCUUUGACCUGGGAGCGUUCGUCUUCACCACGGAGGCGCACCUGCUGCCCCUCGGCCUGCCGCCACUGCGGGGGGGGCACGGGCGGGGUCGUUGGGGUCACGGAGGGCACGCAAAAGGGCCACGGGGUCAAAGGGCGGCGGGAAAUGAUACAGAGGCCACGUGGCACGGAGGGGACCCUGCGUGGACGUGCCCCAACGUGCGGGAGACGCUCCCCGGCGGUGCCGACUUUGCCGGCGCCAUCCGCCGCUCCUACAGGAACCUGCACGGCGGCGGGGGGCGGGAAGCAGCGCCCCCCGCGGACGGUCACUCCUCUCCGCCGGCGGCGAUGGCGGAGGGUCCGGGGCCGCCGAGCGCCGCGGGGUUCGACCCGGGCAGCGAGCAGCAGCUGGAGGCCCUGCGGAGGAUGGGCAUCGCGCUGGAGGGGCUGCCCGACGGGCGCAUGCAGCUCCACCACAACGAGCGGCGCGUACGGCGCUCUGGCGCGGCCACGCCGCACCGCACCGCAGACACGGCGAGACGCGGCGAGACGCGGCGAGACGCGGCGAGACACAGGGAGACGCAGGGAGACGCCGAGAACGGGCGCCUGGCGGAGGACGGAGCGCGGUUCAUGCGGGACAUGGCGGAGCACCGGCGGUUCACGCCGGCGCGCGCCGUGCAGCUCGUGUCGCCCCCGUUCCUGGGCCGCGUGGUGCUGUCCGCGGCGCCGGCGCAGUUCGGCCUGGACCUGGCCAAGGAGCAGCACGGGGUGAAGGGCUUGCUGGCGCUGAGCGACCCCCCGCUGGCGUGCUCGCCGCUGUCCAACGGCGCCGCGGUGGCGGCCCGCGUGGUGCUCGUGCGCCGGGGGGAGUGCACCUUCGCCGAGAAGGCGCGCAACCUGCGGCACGCCGGCGCCCGCGGGGGCAUCGUCAUCGACGACACGGCAGGCAGCAGCAGCGACACGGCGGCGCCGUUCCAGAUGGCGGCGGACGGCGCCGGCGUGGAGGAGUUGUCGGCGUUGCCGCUGGUGUUCGUGUUCCAGCGUGAGGGCGCCGUGCUGACGCGCGCGCUCGCCGCCGCUCGCAACGUCGAGGUGCUGCUCACCGUGCGAGCUCGCGCACUCGCCGACCUCAGGGAAGACUUCCUCGACGAGGAGGAGGAGGAGGACGAGGGAGACGGUCAGAGUGAGCGGGAGGAGGAAGAGGAGGAAGAAACGAAGCCACAGCAUCACUAGAAGCUUCGUCGUGCCGAUAACGGAAACAAAAUCAAAAGUGACGUCCUGUUACAAUGGGUAUCGGUGCUCUCAUCUCCUGUUUACAGCCAGUGGUGGAAACUCCACGUUCCACGUGCGGAGGAAAUUCCACGUGUGGUGGAAACUCCACGUUGCACGUGCAGUGGAAACUCCACGUGUGGUGGAAACUCCACGUUCCACGUGCGGUGGAAACUCCACGUUGCACGUGUGAUGGAAACUCCACGUUCCACGUGCGGUGGAAACUCCAUGUUGCACGUGUGAUGGAAACUCCACGUGUGGUGGAAACUCCACGUUCCACGUGCGGUGGAAACUCCACGUUGCACGUGUGAUGGAAACUCCACGUUCCACGUGCGGUGGAAACUCCACGUUGCACGUGUGAUGGAAACUCCACGUUCCACGUGCGGUGGAAACUCCAUGUUGCACGUGUGAUGGAAACUCCACGUGUGGUGGAAACUCCACGUUCCACGUGCUGUGGAAACUCCACGUUGCACGUGCGGUGGAAACUCCACGUUCCACGUGCGGUGGAAACUCCAUGUUGCACGUGUGAUGGAAACUCCACGUGCGGUGGAAACUCCACGUCCCACGUGCGGUGGAAACUCCACGUCCCACGUGCGGUGGAAACUCCACGUUCCACGUGGGGUGGAAACUCCACGUUCCACGUGCGGUGGAAACUCCACGUCCCACGUGCGGUGGAAACUCCACGUCCCACGUGCGGUGGAAACUCCACGUCCCACGUGCGGUGGAAACUCCACGUUGCACGUGCGGUGGAAACUCCACGUUCCACGUGCGGUGGAAAUUCCACGUUGCACGUGCGGUGUAAACUCCACGUUCCACGUGCGGAGGAAACUCCACGUUGCACGUGUGGUGUAAACUCCACGUUCCACGUGCGGUGGAAACGCCACGUUCCACGUGCGACGGAAACUCCACGUUCCACGUGCGGUGGAAACUCCACGUUGCACGCGCGGUGGAAAUUCCACGUGUGGUGGAAGUUUCCACGUGCGGCGGAAACUCCACGUUCCACGUGUGGCGGUGAACGAGCCUCCCCAUAAAACGGCUGCUGACUUCCCCGCCAAGUGGCACAGGGACUCCUCGACUUACGGACUUGUAGAGAUACGAACAAACACCGUCCCGUACCUCCAGUCGUUAGUUCAACCGCCGCGCAAUAGAUGGUGGCGGUGGUGGUGGCAUUUGCAUUUUCAGGCGAUUGUACAACUUUUAAAGCCACUCCCCGUGCUUAUUGUGCACGCCGUACGACACGUUUUGAAAUCGACGGGAGCAAAGUUGGACCUGCGAACAAAUCGACUUACGAACAGACCUCUGUAAUCCAUACUGUUUGGUUAUUUCUAUCCACGUGACUUUACCGAAAGAGCCAAAGAGUAUGGAUUCCUGCAGUCACGAAAGCUUCAAAUCUAGAUUGAGACCUCUGGAACAUAAUUCGUUCGUACGCAGAGGAGUCCCUGUCCCCAUUCUGGCAACACCGCAGGGAGGCAUGUGAUCUAAGCCUUCUUGGUUCUUUCGGUAAAGUCACGUAGAAGGGAAAUAAUAAAAUAAUAAAAAUAAAACAAAAUAAUUCUCACGACGUUUCGGCCACAACGUAAGCAGCCCUCCUCAGGUGAAGAACAUGUCUGUCGGAAAAACUGCUUGGUGGUGUUCAUUCAGACGCUGUCUUUCCGACAGACCUGUUCUUCACCUGAGGACGGCUGCUUGCGUUGUGGCCGAAACGUCGUGAGAAUUAUUUUAUUAUGUUUUAUUUUUAUUAUUUUAUUACUUCCCUUCUACGUGACUUUACCGAAAGAACCAAGAAGAUGAAUCCCUGCAGUCACGAAAGCUUUAAAUCGAAAUUUAUGAUCUAAGCCGUUGCGAUUGCGAGCUGCUCACUCUACCGCUCCUCCGAUUAGCACGGUGGGCUGCGUGCGGUGUGCGAAAGUGGUUCAACGCACACACGCGCACGCACAACUAGAGGCCCCGCUGACUGAGCACGUGUCUGUGUCACAACAUGCUGGACACAAAUAGCAGAGAGCAGUGUGUUUCACACGGAGGCUUUCGCGACAAAUAUCAUCCAUAAGAGGUUUUUUUCUGCGUUAGAUCGCGUGAAAAUAUAAAUGUGUCGUUAAACCCGCCACCACCCGACACAGCCAACCAGUAAGGCAUGUCACGUGAACAGAACGUGGCAAUUCGUCACUAGUACAGCAACACCGGUGUGUAGUGUAGUUUAUAGUGUAGUGUAUAGUGUAGUGUAGUGUAUAGUGCAGUGUGUAGUGUAUAGUGUAGUGUAUAGUGUAGUGUAUAGUGUAGUAUACUAGUUCAGCACUAGUGUAUAGUGUAGUGUAUAGUGUAGUGUGUAGUGUAGUGUAUAGUGUAGUGUAUAGUGUAGUAUACUAGUACAGCACUAGUGUAUAGUGUAGUGUAUAGUGUAGUGUAUAGUGUAGUAUACUAGUUCAGCACUAGUGUAUAGUGUAGUGUAUAGUGUAGUGUAUAAUGUAGUGUAUAGUGUAGUAUACUAGUACAGCACUAGUGUAUAGUGUAGUAUACUAGUACAGCACUAGUGUAUAGUAUAGUGUGGUGUAUAGUGUAGUGUAUAGUAUAGUACACUAGUACAGCACACUGGUGUGUUGGAGAGCCAAGCCACAACAUUUACAAUCUGAGCACGACGUUUCGCCAGUAAUUACAACCAGCUUCAUCAGGUGACAGCCAGAUGUGUGGAGAAGUCCACUUGUUUCGUUCCUUAUAUAGAAACGCAGGGAGUCGUGGUACUGACGGCAAGUCCUCGUUUUAACGCGGUAGUUACAGUAGAACCUCUCUUAACGAUCACCCCUUGUUAACUAAUCGCUUAACGGCAGGCCUCCAUAGAGCCCAAUAUGUAGUGUAUAGUGUACUGUAUAGUAGUGUAGUGCCUCCAUAGAGCCCAACGUGUUUGCUUACCGACCAAUUCAGUAAAUAUGAAUUGAUUAACCGCGUUUCUUUUAAUAUUAUGUUCAUAAUGUUGCUAGCGUCGUGAUGUAUUAAUAUCCAUUGCUUAAAUAUUACAAAGUACUUUUUUUGGGGUGGAAAAAAAACGAACUUUCAACGUGCAUUCCCUAUACUCGCUUAACGACCAAAUCCUAAUCUCGAUGCGUUCUUUAAAAGUUUCUGCGUUAAGCGAAAACGAUUUCCCCACGAACAUUUAUUAUAACGACGAUGAAGACCGGGGGAGACACCACGUGCCACCACCACCACGACCACAAUGCAUCACUCCGCUCAGCCGCGCAGCUCAAGGAAGUAUGAUAAUUGUUUUUUUACCCUUCUAUCUGGCAACAAAACUGACACCUUUUUUACAAGGAGUCAUGUUUACAUAGACCACAAUACCUGCAGUCAUAAUGCUUACCCCGAGCUCUGAUACUCUGAUGGUGCAUUGUCUUUGAGUGGUGCGCCUUUUGGCGUCAUCUGGUCCAACCCAUAUGAGACUAGGCUCUAAGGAAAGCUGUCUCGGGUGUGGACCAAUCAACUUCAAGGACAGUGCAUACAUUAUCAGAGUUAUGUUUUUUGUUUGCAUUAUGACUGCAGGUAUUGUGGUCUAUGCAAACAUGACUCCUUGUAAAAAAAGGUGUCAGCUUUGUUGCCAGAUAAAAGGGUAAAAAAACAAUUAUCAUAUUUUUUACUGGCAAAUGAGGUUCCAAUGGUCUCAAGGAAGUAGUUCGUCGGCGACAAUCGUGUCCCCCAAGGGGGAGAAACACGCGUUAAGCGAGGACUUGCCGUGCUCUUGUCAGUGUCACGUGACCGGGUCUGGACUCGGGGAAGUUCAGGGGGGGU